ACCAACUUAAACAAUUUUUGUUUUAAGAUUAAUAAGAAACUGUACAUUUUAUAAUAUCUGAAGAAAUUUAGUUUUAGCUGUAGUGAUUUCUCAACAUUCCAGUUAAAAAUCAAAACUAUUUUGUUGCUAUUUGUAGUAUUACAGUAACGACUCUUAACAAAAUCUGCUAAAACCAUAAUGGCUACUCCUACUAGUGGUAAUGGUAAUUUAGUAGACGAAUUCGAUGAAGCAUUUAUGUCACUUCUUGAAAUUAUAUCUAAAGAGGAUGAGACAUUCACACCAGUAGACAAAGAAGAAGUACGAGUUGACAUUGAUCAAUGUACUAUACGAUUCAUAGAUAUAGCUCGUCAAUUAGAAGCUUUCUUUUUACAAAAAAGAUUUUUGCUUUCUGCUUUGAAGCCUGAAAUGAUAAUAAAAGAAGAAAUUUCUGAGUUACGGCUAGAAUUAGCACGAAAAGAUGAUCUUAUUCGACGACAUUAUGAAAAAAUUUCAGUUUGGCAAAAUUUAUUAGCUGACUUACAACAAGUUGCUAAAUCACCUGCUCAAAAUACAAUGGGUCAAAGUCCAAUGUCUGCUCCUAUGCCUUCACCACUCUCAGGUCCAAUGUCGGGACCACAACAACAAUCGCCACAAGUACCUGGUGGAAUGGUAUCACCCCAACAAGCUAUGUUUAUGCAACAGCAGCAACAAAGAGCUGGUCCAGUUGCUGGUGGGCCUAUGCCAGGAGCAAUGUUACAAGGGCCAUUGGCAUAUUUAGAAAAGACAACUAGCAAUAUAGGUAUAGGUGAUGGGCGAAGGUGACGUGGUCGGGGACGAGGAAGAGGACGCGGUAGGGCCCAUCUUAGUCCCCCUUGACCACAGGCAUUGGCAUAUUGAUAUUAUUGCUAAAUAGCCAACUAAAUCUAUUUAUAAUCCUACCAUUAUAGGCGUUAUAAAAUUCUUGUACAUAAUGUAAAAUUUUAUUGUUUAUACUUGUGUAUAUUUUAGCUAUUGUACAUUGCUUAAGUAAUAUAUAUUAUAAAUAACACAUUUUUAUCAUUAAAUAAAUUUAUUAUACUUGUAAUUAUUGUACACAAAAUUAUCUUUUUGUUGUAUACAGGCUGGUUAUUAUUAUGGCACUAUUGUUUAAAAUAAAGACCAUUAUAAAGAGAACUAAUUUGUAUUUCUUAAAAUGUUUACAAAUGGCAAUUUUCCAUAAGUGGUAACCCGUGUUUAUUAUGUAGUAUACAUUUGAAAUUUUUAAAAAAAACAUUUUAUUUAUUACAUAUAAUAAUAAUUUUUAAGUAUUAUAACUUUUUCUUAAUAAACGAUAAAAUAACACUUAAAAAUUUAAUGUAGCAAC